CUUUGAUUAUCCAGGUUACUGUAUUAAUGCUGCGUGGUGAAAUCUCUGGACUAGAAGAACACAGGUUUGCCCAUUCCACAUAUCACAUUUCACUGCGUCACCAGAACAAUUAACGUAAUUAGGCAUUGAUUAGCCAACAUAACAUGUGUCAUAUAGUGUAAUUUGGUGAAUACGCCGGUGUAUUGACUAUUACUGUAUAUGUUAAUUGAAAAUUUCUGUAGUCUUAUAUCAAACUUGAUAUGAAUUAUUAUGAGUUAUCUAUUUUUCAUAAACAGAACUUCAACGUCAUUUCCCUAAUUAAAUUCUCAGGAACCAUUAGAACUCUCUAAACUCUUCACUUAACUACACAUGUUUGACUAUAAGUUUCAGUGUAGUUACUGAAUAGAUUAUAAUAGUUACUGAAUAUUAUUAUUUAAAAUGAAUAAGUGGAUUAUAAUCCAGGAGCUUAAACGGUUAAAGAACUAACAGAACUGUCAGCUACAUGAGACACUGUCAGGGUUGAGGAUGUCUAUAAUUCUCCACUGUUGAUUUUGGACCCUACAGGCACCAAGCUAAACUUCUUGAACUGACCUUUCUUUGAGGUACAGGUUUCUGACACAAGAGAGGAAGAGCACACUUUAGUACCGAGAACAGAAGAAUAUAAAUCAUAACUAAGCCUAGGAAAGAAUAAUUUUGAUGUUGAGAUGGAGAUAGUAAGCAGAGAAAGGUGGAGAUUUGACAGAUGACAGAAUGACAAGUGACUAAUCAAUUGGGUCCUGAUGUGUUAAUGAUUAAAUAACUAGCAUAAUGUGUGACACACACAUGACACCUGUUUUUGCCUAGGUGCAUCAAGCAGAUAAAAAAAAGAAAGAUAAAAAUCACAGGGUGUGUGGCACCACCAUGUAAUAGGUGAUCGCUGGAAAAAACAUGAACAACAUGACAAGCUCUGUGAUUUUGCAUUCAGCAUUCAAAUCAAGUGAUUUUCUAUUAUCAGAACAUACAAAAUAUCUUUCUAUGAUGUUUUUAGUUCUUUAAGCUGAGUAUAUUUGCAAAUUAAAAAGUUUUGCAAAUAAACUAAUUCAACUAUGAUGAGUGAUUUGGGCUUCAUGGAAAUAAGGAAACAUUGACAGUGACAUUUCACAUGCAAACAUAAACUGAAAAGAAGAAUGUUUCCAUUGGUCACAAGAGAACUGUGAUAUCCAAGCAUCCAGAAUAGUAAUGUAACUAUUUUGAUUGGAGACCACAUUGUUUGGAUUUUGCAUGAUUAUCAUGGUUUGGGGUGGUCUUUGAUACCGCCUUUGUACAAAAUUGUUUCUCAUGGUCACUAAGGCUAGAUAGGUCUGUGUUUUAUUCUUUUCAAUGGAAAGAAUUAAAAGCAAAACUGAACCUUUCACCAUUUUAGAUCAAUAAAUCACAAACCCAGAAAUAAGAGUCUUGUAGCUGCUCUUUGCUGGAUCAAACAAGCUUGUGAGACAUUUCAUGUUCCCAUGGAUUGGUAAAAUGAUCACAGCCAGCCCAGCAAGUGGCUAAUGCAGACAGGAUGUUGGACCUUGGAAGUCCUUGUGUGAGCUCGGCAUCAGCGUGUCAUAGGUCAUGGCCAGAGAAUGUGGAAAAUGAAAUGGGUUAUAAAGUUUAAUGUCAAAAACAAUAACAAAACCUGUCAGUGUCAAAUUAUUAGGACACACAAAUACAUAUACAUGUCUGAAUACACAGUGAGGUGUCAUCUACCCAUGCAACAGUGGGAUUAAUGCAGGGGUUACCAGCCUUUUCAUCAGUGAGGACUGGACACCAUUUUUGUAAAUUCCAUUCAAAAACCUCAAAUGCAUUAAUAGUGCACGACUAAUUUCUGUUGAGAUUGCAGAAGUUCCGUGGUGGCUCGACGGUUAAGGCUCUGGAUUACUGAUCAGAAGGUUGGAGGAAUUCAAGCCUCAGCACUGCCAAGCUGCCGCUGUUGAGCCCUCUCUGCUCCAGGGGCGAUGUAUCAUGGCUGACCCUGCGCUCUGAUCCCAGCUUCCUAACAAGCUGGGUUAUACGAAGAAAAGAAUUUCACUGUGCUGUAAUGUAUAUGUGACAAAUAAAGGCUUCUUCUUAAAUUAAUUAUUAUAUUAAUUAAAUAUUAAUUAAUGUCAUUAAUUGAGUUAUAUUUCAUUAAUCUAUUAUUAAUAUUUUUUUUUUUGUAAAAAAAAAUGACUUAAUCCUUGAAAUGUGGCUUGUUGGAUAGAUCAUAAUAAGACCUACACUUCUACAGGACACAUUUUCAUCAUGAAUACAUCAUUAAAUAAAAGAACAUGUCUUCUAGAAAUACAAAUCUAAUGAGACACUAUUAAGGUUUUGACCUUAUGUCCUCGUGCCACUGGGUCAGAAUGAUGAAGAAGACAGCAACUGUAUACCUCACACUGCAGAGACAUCAGUUUUUCAAAGUUAUCAGUUCUUUAAUUCUAGCAUUAUAUGUAUGUCCCUGUGUAGCUCGUUACUGCAUCAUGACUCUGAGCUACCACAUGUCCCUAAAACCUCACUUCCUCAGUAUUCCUGUCUUUUCUUCCUCUCUUUUCACCAUCUUUUCUUCACACAUUUCAGCCUUGUAUGUACUCACCCCUCCCCAUCCCUCCCUCCAGCUCUUCACACUCUCUCCUCCCCUCAGCUCUCCAGUUCCUGUCCUUUUCUCACUUGCUGGCUGCCAGGCUGCAGUGAUGUCCUUACACUGUGAGUACCUUGUCUCUCCAUUAAUCUCUUUGGUCUCACCCUUCUCUCAGAUUCCUGGGUAGGGAAUCUGGCAAUAACAGGACUCAGGACCCUUAAGUGCAUACAUGUGGGGACCAGCAUCAGGCCCUAAAGGAGAAGCUUAAGGGCCAUGAUUGACUGGUAUAAUGACACGGUGCCGAGCCACCAGGAAAAGGAGCCAAGCACUGAUGAGUACCAAAGAUCAGAGUGUGUUCUCGGCUACAUCCCUGUUAUCUACUAUAGCAUCUUGCUGUGUGUGGGAUUUCCAGUGAACAUCUUAACACUGGUGGCUCUGUCCCGUUUGACCGCACGGACCCAGAAGGCCCUGUAUGUCUACCUGAUGGCACUGACCAGCUCAGACCUGCUCAGCCAGCUCUUCAUCAUUUUUGUGGGGUUCCUGCUGGAGACAGCUGUGUUCCACCGUGAGGUACCCACUAUUCUGCUGCGAUCAGUCAGUGUGCUGGAAUUUGCCGCCAACCAUGCUUCUAUCUGGGCCACUGUGCCACUCACUGUGGAUCGCUACGUUGCACUGUGCCAUCCACUGCUCCAUCGCCAGAUCAGCUACCCGGCGCGGGCUCGGCGCAUCGUCGGUGCAGUCCAGGCAUUGGCGCUGGCGUCUGGUGUGCCCUUUUUCUGGUGGUCAGACAUGUGGAGGGUGAGCCGGCCACCUGGUGCGGUUGAUUUUGCCCUCAUCUGGGCUCAUGUGACUAUCAUCUACUUCCUGCCAUGCAGUAUCUUCCUGGUGCUCAACUCACUCAUUGUUCUGCGUCUCAGAAGGCGGCAGCACCGGUGUCAGGAUGAAAGCAGGCAGCAGCAGCUGGCACCAGCAGGCAGGCUGGGCAAAACCACAGCAAUGCUUCUGGCCAUCACGUCUGUAUUCGCAGUGCUGUGGGCACCCCGUACAGCUGUGGUGCUCUACCACCUUUACGUGGCAUCGGUGCACAGAGACUGGCGUGUGCACUUGGCAUAUGACCUAGCCAACAUGCUAGCCAUGCUUAACACAGCUGUGAACUUCUUCCUAUACUGCUUUGUCAGUAACCGCUUCAGAGGCGUUGUGAAGGAUGUGCUGCUUCUCAGAGGGGCACCGCUUCAUCCUCAAAGGCCCUGCCAUCAAAGACAGGCUUCUGCUAAUGCCUCGAACUCAUCUCUGUCCAGUGGUGCCAUGCGCUCUCACAGACAUGCCAAUAUUGCUUGGGACUGUCCUUAAUUCUCACUCAUAUCACCCUAUAGACAAAAAAAUACCCUACAGUAAGGUUUUAAAAAAAAAUCCUAAAUAUUUUAAAAAUUCAAUAUUGCCAAAUAUGAUUCACAAACUUAAUUAAAACAUAUUUUUGACAUUUACUGAAACUAAAUCAAUACUGGGUAUUAAUAGUUAUUAGAUGCCAACAAUGAGUAAAUAUAUUCUGUCACAAAACUGAAAAUUAUUUGAGUUUUAUACAGGGAAUUAAAAGAUAGAAAUAAAAAGAUAAAAUACAAUCUUUCAACAUUAAAUGAAGUUUUUUAAUAAUACCAUCUGAUAAAAGAUUUUCAUUUUUUGAUAACUGAUGAAAUAAUAAACAUAUCAGACUA